GGAUUUUGUGUGGACAAAUACGUAUACAUUUGAGGCUGGACAACAACUAACCUCAUAGUCAGAGAUGUUAUUCCCAUGGAAACUGAUGUUUCUGCUUUUCUCUGUCGGCUGCUUUGGAGGUAUUGAACAUUUAAAGACAAAAAUAAGAAGUACUGUAUCUGUGCGGGAAGGGCAAGGGGUUGUUCUUCUCUGUGGAGCACCAGUUCAUCCUGGAGAACUUUCCUAUGCUUGGAUCUUCAAUGAAUACCCAACGUUUGUGCAAGAAGAUAGUCGGAGAUUUGUUUCUCAGGAAACUGGACAUCUGUACAUAGCUAAAGUAGAGCCAUCUGAUGUAGGAAAUUAUACCUGUGUCGUAACUAGUGCUGUAACUAACACCAACACUCUUGGAUCACCAACACCUUUGGUGCUACGGACUGAUGGUGUGAUGGGGGAAUAUGAACCCAAAAUAGAAGUUCAAUUUCCUGAAAUAGUUCCUGCUGCUAAAGGAUCAACUGUGAAGCUAGAAUGCUUUGCUCUUGGAAAUCCAGUUCCUCGAAUUAACUGGAGAAGAACUGAUGGGACACAAUUUCCAAGCAAAGUAAUGUUGAGAAAAUCCAAUGGCAUGAUUGAAAUCCCCAAUUUCCAACAAGAAGAUGCUGGUCUCUAUGAGUGUAUCACUGAAAAUACUAGAGGGAAAAAUGUUGCAAAGGGACGACUCACAUAUUAUGCCAAACCUCACUGGGUUCAAUUGAUAAAAGAUGUUGAAGCUGCAGUGGAGGACAACAUAUACUGGGAGUGCAGAGCAAAUGGCAAACCUAAGCCUUCCUACAGGUGGCUGAGAAAUGGAGAACCUCUAGCAUUAGAGGGAAGAAUACAAAUUGAAAAUGGAGCUUUGACUAUAACAAACUUAAACUUGACAGAUUCUGGCAUGUAUCAGUGUAUAGCAGAGAACAAACAUGGUACAAUAUAUUCCAGUGCCAAUCUCCGAGUUGUAGCUUCUGCUCCUGACUUUUCUAAAAGCCCAGUGAAGAAAUUGAUUCAGCUUCUAAAGGGCAGCACAGCUCAUUUUGAGUGCAAGCCAAAAGCUUCCCCUAAAGCGACAACUAUUUGGAAAAAGGGAGGUGAGCUGCUCCAAGAAAAUGAAAGAAUAUCAUUCUUAAAAGAUGGAAGCUUCCAAAUAGCUAAUGUGAGUAAAUCAGAUGCUGGAAGUUAUACCUGCCUGGCAGAAAACAAGUUUGGAAAAGCUAGUAGCUCAACUACUUUAUUAGUAACAGAGUGCAUCUGGAGACUUAAUGAUUAGGAAUAUUCAGCUGAAACACAGUGGAAAAUAUGUGUGUACAGUGAAGACUGAAGUGGAUAGCGUAUCAUCUGCAGCAGAUCUUAUAGUACGAGGUUCACCUGGACCUCCAGAGCAUGUAAAAGUGGAUGAAAUAACAGCCACAGCAGCUCAGAUUUCUUGGUAUGAAGGCUUAGAUAAUCACAGUCCAAUCACUGGCUACACUGUUCAAGCCAGAACACCAUUUUCAGUGGGUUGGCAAAGAGCCAGAACAGUUCCUGAUGUCAUUGAUGGGAGAACAUUCAUGGCUACUGCAGUAGAUUUAAACCCUUGGGUUGAAUACGAAUUCCGUGUAGUUGCCAGCAACAAAAUUGGAGGUGGAGAACCUAGUUUACCCUCAGAAAAAGUAAGAACUGAAGAGGCAGUUCCAGAAGUACCACCAUCUGAAGUAAGUGGAGGUGGAGGCAGCAGGUCUGAAUUGGUCAUAACAUGGGAUCCAGUUCCUGAAGAAUUACAGAAUGGUGAAGGAUUUGGUUAUGUAGUUGCUUUCCGACCUCUUGGGAUUACAACCUGGAUACAGACAGUUGUUACAUCACCUGACACCCCAAGAUAUGUCUUUAGGAAUGAAAGCAUCUUACCAUUUUCACCCUAUGAAGUCAAGGUUGGAGUAUAUAAUAAUAAAGGAGAAGGACCGUUUAGUCCAGUGGCCACAGUGUAUUCUGCUGAAGAGGAGCCUACAACAGCUCCUUCUGGUGUUUCUGCAAAUAGUCUUUCUUCUUCCAUAAUUGAAGUUACCUGGAUUCCCAUUCCUUGGAAAAUGAGCAGUGGGAGAUUAUUAGGCUAUGAGGUAAGAUAUUGGAACAAUGGUGGGAAAGAACAGUCUUCAAACAAAGUAAGAGCCACCGGAAAGGAGACCUCAGUGAAAAUAACAGGCUUGAUGAGCAACUUGGUAUAUUAUACAGCUGUUCGAGCAUACAACAGUGCAGGAGCAGGUCCUUUCAGUGCCACUGUCAAUGCUACCACAAAAAAGCCACCACCCAGCCAGCCUCCAGGAAAUGUAGAGUGGAACAUUACAGACUCGAGGGUAGUGCUGAACUGGGAACAGGUCCAUGCAAUGGAAAAUGAGUCAGACGUAGUGGGCUAUAAGGUUUUAUAUUGGACUAGCAGUCAGAACCAGCUCAGUAUCCUGGACACAAAUAGAACAUCUGCAGAACUUUUGCUUCCUUUAAAUGACGAUUAUGUUAUAGAAGUGAAAGCAGUGACUGAUGGUGGAGAUGGCAUUAGCAGUGACCAGAUUAAAGUCCCUAAAUUAGCAAGUAUGGAUGCAAGAGGAAGUUGUGCAGAAAGCUUAAAUUGCCUCUCCAGCUUGAUGUCAAUAACUCUGUUCUUGAUUUUCAAUGCAAUAUUGUGAUAGUGUAUUUUCAGAUAGUGCAAGACCAGGUGUAUCAUUUACUUUGAAGUGCUUUUUAAGACAACAAUUACAAGACCAACAGAAAUAAUAGGUGGGAGUUAAUAUGCAUGCAUUUACUACCAGUCUGCAUUUAAACAUUUUUUAUCCUUUCUGAUAUUUCAUUCUAAAGAAAUAAAGAUCAUAUCCAUCUCAAACAAUUCCUUCUAAAGGAAUAUAAAAUGCCUUAAGACUUAAUGAACCAAAGGACUUUUUAACAUUACAUAUUUCUGAUGUGACAAAAAUAAGAAGAUGAGCAUUGGAAAAAUGCUUUGAGAGUCUUUAUGUUUUCCAAGUAACAAGAAAUUAUUUUAACGUCUGAAAUAAAAACCUUUUAAUAUUAAUUUGCAUUAAUUACAAAUUAUAUUUCACCACUGCUUGAUGAAAAACCUUGAAUAAUUUCCUUAAAGCCUCUCAGUGCUAGACUUCAUUUGAAUAGAUGAUCAUCUCUGUUUAUAUUCAUAUAGACUGUACAUAUUUACUUUUGUUGUAAACUGUUAAGUAUCAAAGAAACUGGUUUACUAAAAAGUUCAUCACGCUUCCAUUUUUAUUUUUAUUUUUUUGUUUCAUUAAUGUUUGGUAACUUCUGGUAGUUUUUUUCUGAUUUUUGUUUGUUUACUUGCUUUAUUGGUAGAGGCUGUUCAUGGAGAUAGUAUUCUCCUCUGUUCUAGACUGAUGCAAUCGCCUAGAAUAUCUUAGUUGAAAAAUGUAUUUGUACAAUUUCAAAACUUAAAAGUGGAAAAUCCCAGGAUUGGCUUUUACAUUAGAGCACUGAAUGAUAUCUUAUCUUUUUCAUGUCUUUCCACCCACAUAAAAAAUGAACUGUGCUUCUUUUCGGUUCAAAACCAUAUUAAUCUAUGAAGGUACUUCAGAAGCUCUACGGGACAAAUUCACUUGCAACUCUUCAUCCAUGCAGCUUUGAAUUCGGUCCUUAACAUUUAGGAUCUUCUUGAUAUAUCAAAGUCUGAAAGUAUCUGCACUUAUUUUAUUUAUGCUUGCACAUCCUUUUAGUAAGCUACUGUAGCUCUUCUUGUUCUCUUAGUUUUGCAUUGUGUUUUUGUCUGUAUUAGUAUUUUGCUUUGCAUUUUUUAGAAACAGAAGAAGUGCCCAGAACAGAACAUCACACUUCCAGUACAAUGCACCAGAGCCUUAUAGCCAGGAAAUAACUUCCUAAAUUAUAUGUAAUGUGUUUGAAUAUGCAACCCUCAAUUUGUUGCUGUCCAAAAUGCCAGGUUAUACUCUCUUUGGAUGUAAGUCCAAUUGCAAUGUUUCUACCCCAUUGUUUAGAAUUAUUCUGGAUGAUAGAUUCAUUCCUGCUCUCUUAUUUAUAUAAACAAAUUUAAUUUUCUUUUUGACCAAUUUUUCAUUGCAAAUAAUGUAUAAGCAUUCCUGUUUGGCAUAUCUUGUUUACAAUUUCAAUGCUUCUAAAAAUAAUUCUCACUCCAAAUACAAUUUGUAUGGAUUCACUUUUUCUGACCUUUCUACUAAAUACUUGAGUUAGACUCUUGAACAAGAUCUGUAAAAAUUCAAGCAUUGCUCUAUAUUUUAUUAGGUUUUCAGAACAAAAAAAUAAUCACAGCUUUGACAGUUUCUCCUUUUUGGUGUCUGUAUAUAAUGUACAUAGUAAAAUAACACUGUAGCUACUGCCUCCUCAACAUGGAAAAUGGGAACUAUUGAUGCUUCCAAAUGCUUGUCUUUCAAUGGGAAUAAAGUUCCUUUACAUAAUACAUAGCAAAUUUUCAUUCACUGAAUGGUAACUUUACCAUUCAUGUUACAAGAAAAUUCUACACCAUGUUCCUAUGACUACCAUUUUCAUGAUCAACUUACUGGAUUUACCUUCUGCUAUUGUCUCCAUGAGAUGUUUAGAAUAUACUAGUUUCAUAUUGAAAAAGUUUUGCCU